CACAUUAAACUCGUGUCAGUUGCUAAUCCCAAAAUCUAGCAAAGACUCGGCCCGUGGUCACAAAAAUGCUAAAGCCAUCAGAAGAUCUAAAGAACACGCACACUAUUAGCAAGAAAAGGGUACACAAGCCCGAAGAGGUACACCUACAAUCCCUGCAGCACGUUUGCGUGCUCACAACUGAACUACACGCCCACACACUACAAUUCGACUACAGCAGCGGCAUCACCCCCCUUGUCCCGCACUUCACCAAAAUGAAUGUUUGUCGACUACAGCGUACUGCUGUCUGAAGUGCUGUCUGUACAAAAAUAACACCAUGGUGUAUGGUACACAACAAGCUCGGGGCCUCUCUCGGCCUUCUCGGACUCUUGACAACCUCCGCCUGGAUGCUAAGCAACAGGAGCCCCGACCACCCCAGCCCGAGCAUCGGCUUCCCCGGCUAUCUCUACCCCGAUGACGCCACGUGCGAGGCCUACGAGGGGGUGCCCGCCGUGUACACAGAAGGGGCAUGCAUGUACAACGAGGACGUCUGGGGGGCCGGCGGCGUGGACAAUGGCGCCUACCCCUUCGGAGACAAAGACGUGUUCAACGACGGCAUGAUGGACAUCGAUGCCUACAACCCGUUCCCCAACGCCAUUCUCUUCAACUGGGCCACUAUCUUCGUGCUUGGGUUCGGCAACCUUGCUGCACUUGACUUCCAGGCUCGCUGCAUGGCUGCCAAAUCACCCAAGAUUGCCACUAUGGGCAACUUCAUCGCUGCUGGAUUGACGUUCAUCGUGGGCAUCACCUUCUCUUUCAUGGGUGGCUACACCCGUCUCAACUACGGCCCUGACAGCCAGUUCGCGUCCUUUACGGUCGACACGUGCUCCAAGUUCCUAGACCUUCCCACUUGCGCUGCCUGGGAACCUGACGCCACCGCCUUCCUCAAGCUCACCACUACACAGCUGCCGACCUUCCUUGGAUGCUGGGUGCUGAUCGGUAUCUGCGCGGCUUCGAUGUCGACGUCCGACGGUGCUAUUCUCGCCAUCUCCACCGUCCUCUCGCACAACAUCGCGCGUAAGGCCAUUCCCGGAGGUGACCGGUUCAGUGACGUCAAGCUGCUCACGAUCGUGCGCGUCAGCAUCAUCCCCGUAACCUUGAUUGCUUGUAUCGUGGCUUCAACAUACAAUGAGACUGGAUACCUAUUGAUCGUGGCCUUCGACAUCGUGCUUGCUGGAUGCAUCGCCCCCCUCUUCGCCGCGAUCUACUUCAAGAAGUCGGUGACCCCUGGAGGCGCUCUCGCGGCUGUCCUGUUCGGCUCCAUCCUUCGCGCUAUCCUGGAGUUUGCCUUGCCCAAGGACGGCCUCCUCGCCAUCCCGCACGGUGAAUUCAACUUCGACUACGGCCCCGGCGAGGUCGGACCUCUGCCUACGUUCAUCGAUGCCCCUGCUUCCGACCACUGGGACCCCGAUACAUGCGACAUGCCGCGCAUGGAGGACUGGACCGGGCUCGACUCGCUGCUAUCUCCAGUUACCAGCGUUGUUGUCAUGUUCCUUUGGUCCUUCAUCGAGAGGAAAAUGGACCGCACGCUGUGGACCUGCCUUCCUGCUCACUGGCUGGACCCCGGCUACACCCUUAACAAGACCAGCACCCUCGACGUGUCCAAGACGUCGACGAUUGCUGAUGACGCGCAUGUGGCUGCAGUUCCCCUCAGUUAAGGAGAUCCUAUUCACAGACCAGGACAGCCCUCGAGAGCAUGUUGCGAAAUGGAAAGAACAGCCGCGAUUGUUUUUGUCGAGAAACGCGGAGGAACCAAUCGGAGGAGGAAAGAAAAUAUCUGAAUAGAAAAUCUUGCCCGUAGCGGUGUUGAGAGGGGAGGGGGAGGUCGUCGGGUACGAAAUCCGGCGUUUUUGCUAUCACAAAGAAAUAUAGAAGGGUUGUGUGUUCGCGACGGCGACAACACAUGUACAGGGAUGGGACUACGGCAACACUUGGCCAUACCAGUAGUCGAUUGUGCUGCCUGGAUGCCUUUCGAGUGGCCUUGACUGUGGGUGCCCUGCCGUUUGUCGCUCGCUUGUGUUUCCACUUGCAUUUGUUCUUGGCGGCCUUGACCACGUUUGAUGCGUUCGUCACAGCAACAUUCCCAGAGGUGGCAGCAGCAGUGGCGCGGGCGUUUGCAUGUUUGCAUUGCGGGAAAGACUACCUCGAGAAGCUGGCUCUGUUGUUGGUACAUACAAUUUUCCGUGUGCGCACUCUUCAUGCCGGUGUCCGGUAACUGUGAUUUAUUUUUUCGCUCGUCCUCGAUCGUCUCGUUGAACGUCUGAUGGCUGCAGUCCCGCCAAAGACACCACCUUUCUUGCGCUACUCGUGAUUGAAAGGGCACCACUGACGGAGGAUGCUGGGUAAUCCACGAUUUUUUUACAUGAAUACAUGUAGUAGGUAGAGUUGGAAGAUGACCGUCUACCGACAACAGUAGCGACACGUUUGGG